CCAUCCGGCCGCAAAUAUAUGAACUACGAGGUCGGCUUUCCCGCUCUGCUCCAAAGCCCUAGCUAAUCUGGAUUCCAUCUAUUUUGUUCCGCAGCUUCCCUCUUCUUCCCCGAUUGCUCUUUUCCAUCCAAAUCUGGAUUCCAAUGCACAGAUCCGACCAAGAUCAUGUGGCGACGAAGCGGCCUAGGCGAUCGGUUCAAUCGAAGCUUUCAUUCUGCGCCAGUUCUCCAAUCCGCGGAUCAAGAGCUGCUGCAGCACCGCUGACGGAUGCAGUGGCGGAGGAUGGAGGAAGAAAUUCAGAGGGGAGAGAGGAGGAGGGUAAUAGAAAGAGGAAAGCGAAGUUAAAAUCACAGAACAGAAGUCCCGAAGAGUCUGCAGAUAAUGACAAGGAGGCACAAGAAUUGAGUGGCUACAGGAGAAAAAGCAAUAGAAACUCGAAGAAUAUGCAAUAUGGAGGUGAGACACCUAAGAAGAAUAAAGCACCAAGAAAACUUGGACACUCUGAGGCUUGUCCAAAUUUAAGGAUCUUAAAUGGUAAAUCUGAUGAUGUUAAGGAUUCUAUUGUUGAAAGUCUGCCCUUUUGUGAUCUCUGGUCUGAGGCAAAGAUAGCUGCUGAGGAAAACCUUCGGUUAUCUGCUGGAAAGCAAACACAUCCAUUUUUUUCCAUCUGUAGAACUAUAAACAGAUCGUCACCGACUAAAAGUGUAGAAAAAUCUGAGAACCGUAUUUGGCUUGGUCUUGAAGGGGAUCGCUGCUUCUCGUUUCCUCCAUUUCAUGUGUUUGAUGCUGUACAGGAUGAUGUUGCUGUUCCUAAUUGGGAAAACUGGAAAUUUUUAGAGACCAGCCUGCCAAAAUUUGAUGGAUGUUGUAGUAUGAAAAAUUCGUCUGUUUUUGAGGUUUCAAAUAAGUCCUUAUUGUUGGAAGCUGCUCGUGGAAAGGACGAAAGGUUGGAUAUUUUAGUAGUUGAUGAGAAAAUGAAUGGUGCAUAUAAGACAAUAAGCUCUUCUAAAUUCUCAAGCGAGCUGCUUUUAAAAGAGAAGCUAUCUUCCCCAUCAAAAAUGGCUCACUUUGGCUGCAACUUUUCUCGGACAUCACCGUAUGUAAGCAUUGCACAUGACGGGGAUCAAGACGAGAUACACAAUGAAAGGUUGGCAUCAUAUUCUAAACAGAGCAUUUGUUGUGUGGAUUGCAGCUUAUGGACCGAGAAGUAUCGGCCAAAACUUUCUUCAGAGGUUUGUGGUAAUGUUGAAUCUGUGAAGCUCCUUAGUGAUUGGCUAAAAUCUUGGGAUGAAAGAGUUUUACCGAAUGCUACAAAUGGAAAUCGUAGAAACCACUCUUCUAUUGAAGAUGGUGAUUAUAAAUUUCAUGAUCAUGAGUCUGAUACUGAUGAAUUAGAUGGUGGGGACUUGUUAAAAACAGUGCUGCUAAUUACAGGGCCGGUUGGAAGUGGGAAAUCUGCUGCCAUCUAUGCUUGUGCCAGGGAGCAAGGGUUUAAAGUAAUAGAGGUAAAUGCUUCUGUCCUGAGAAAUGGUGCAUUCGUGAGGCAAACAUUUGGUGAAGGAGUGGAUUCACUUGGACUUACUCACUGGCUAACGAAGGAGCAAACAAAUCAACAAAGUAAGGAUGUUCAAGAGUUGAAAUCUUGUAUGUCUAUUAUUGCAGAAAAUGGACUUGAGGCUGAUUCAAUAAAAAUGGAUUCAAAAUUAUUCUGUAUAGACAAUGCUGCAGAGAAUAGCUCACAUUUUGAUAUUGCAAAUAAAACACUUUUUCUAUUUGAGGAAGUGGAUGUUGUUUUUGAUGAAGAUCAUGGCUUUAUUUCUACUAUAUUUAAACUUGCAGAAACAACGAAAAGGCCCAUUAUUCUAACAAGCAAUUCCAAGCGACCUGUAUUACCGCAUAAAUCAAAUCGACUGGUCUUAGACUUUAAAGUUCCAUCAUCCAGUGAACUACUUUACCAUGCAUCCAUGGUAUAUGAGGUUUGUGCCUUAGAGAAGGUUCAUGUGUCCUGCGGCCUUCUUGAGCACAUAAUCAAGGCUUGUGUGGGUGAUAUUAGAAGAAUACUCUUGCUUCUGCAGUUUUGGUGCCAGGGAUUUCAAGGCAUAACUGGAAAAAUGACCCAAUGCACCAAAAGUCCGGUGCCAUUUGAUAUUGAUGCAGUGCAUUUGGCAAUUCCACGUGUGUUUCCUUGGAAUUUACGAUGUGAAUUAUCAGAAAGGAUGGAAGAGGAGAUCAGCAAAGUAGUUAUUGUACUGGAAAAAAAUUCUAUUAUUAAUGAGCUUUUGCAACUCAACUUUAGCUUAUGGGAAACUGAUGAUCCCUCGGAGAAGUUAAAUGCUACACCUGCUGUCAAAAGUAGAAAGAAAGGAAGGUUGAGAAAACAAUCUAUCACCGGUCACUCAGAGUUUUCAGAUCACAUGACCAAUCUUGGAGACCUUUUAUAUGAUUCAGAUUCUCCAUCGACAUGCUUGCUAGGAAAAACCAAACAAAAACCUUGUGUGGUUUUAUCCUCAGAGUCUGAUGAUGGGCUUUCCUUUGAUGAGGUCAGGCCUAUUGAUAUAUCAACUAGUCAAAAGUCAUCUUUUGAUGAGCUCAAUCAUGAAGAUUCAUUAACUCGAGCUGAUAGCCACAGUUUUCUAGCUAUCACCGCCUCUGCUAUUUCAAAAGAUCAGGAACAUGGAAUUGCUCAACUUGAUCAGAUGGAUGAACCAAGGAAUGCCUUGGUUUUUCAAAACUCUUUUGACAUUACUGAAGUAGCGUCAACUUCCCAUGUCUGUAAUGCUUCCAGAAGACAGUUUGUGGAUGCUUGUACGUCAGAAUCAUCUGUCGUUUCUGGGACUGAAAAAAAUUUUACAUUUUUCUCCCAGGAAGUAUCUCAAAACUCAGUGUCCACUAGUUCAUAUGGUUUGAACAUUUCGGCUCUCCAUCCUGGACUGGGUUUAAAUAAUGCAGAUGGGGAUAGUACAGAAUUAAGCAAGUGCUUGGAAUACCAUGUCAGCACAGCUGAUGUACAUAAAGAGUUGCUGCAAAGAAAUCAGGAAAUUGUUUGCUUUCAAAAUGAACAUAGGCCCAAUGAGUGUCAGUUAGCGUAUAAUUGUACUAAUCCUGAUUUCAGUGCACAGUUAAUGCACAGGGAUGGUACCGAAUGCCCUCAUGAUGCUGAUUCAAUUUCCCAAACAUGGAAAAGACUAAGGAGUUGCCAUCAUGAAAACCUUAAGUUACUGUCGUCAAAUUAUAAAGAUGUUUCUUUGGUGGCAAGCCUAACUUCUGGACUUGCAGAUUUGAUAUCAGAAGCUGACAUUAUGUUUAGCAACUGCAGUCCAAUCACCUGUGACAAUUUUGAGCCAACAUCAAUUCCUUGUGUUGAACCUGAUUCAUUCUCUUGGCAUGAUGAACAAGUAGAGAUGGGGUCUACUUUUGCUCAGCAUGGACUCUGCUUUUACGCAACCAAGAUUGCUGCAGUUGGUUCACGUCUGGGUUGCAGUAACACAUCAGAUUUGGCCCGAGAGACGUUGACUUCCAGCACUGGUAGCACUGCUCUUGGAAAGUUACUUACACGGGAGAGCAUUACUGGCCAAAAUUCUUGUUUUAAAGAUUCAGGUGUAAAGGCAUCUCCAUCCCUGAUUCCAGUUAGAAGGGAAUUGGCAGCUGACCUUUACAAUGCCAUUCUUCCUAUAGUUCCGGCAAGGUUGUCUAUGGUAAUACAAGGUGUUGCAUUUCAUGAAUACUUAUCAUAUGUUGGUCAGAUAUCAAGGUUUGAAUGCUCUCGGCUAGCGGAUAGAUUUGUAGAGACAAACAAGAGACGGACUAGAUUGCACUACUUGUCUUCUGGCGCGCAUCAACUCUCCUCAGGACAAACUGCGCUUUUAGCUCGAAGAACUUGCUUCACUGGAAGCAGCUGCUUAUAGGUAACACUGAACUAGAAGAUAAAGCUGAUUUAGCAGAUUAGUCAUUGAGCUCCAUUCUAAGAUUAUUUAUACCUUGGCUUGUGUCUAUUUAUGCCAUUUUCUGAGCAUGAAUUCAUUUCUUGUACAUCCAGAGGCCGUCAUUGUUCCGGCAAUGUUUAUUUAAAUUAUUCAGUUAAGGUCAGUCGAAUUCUAACUGUUUCAAUAGCCUCAACCAAGGCAUGCGUAUAUUAUUUUCCAAUUCAUUGCCGGGUAUUUAUCCAUAGUAUUAAAAGUAAUAAAAAAAUGAUUUACAUAAAUAUCACACAAUUCUUAUGUAUUU